UUUACUACUGAAUCUGAUGCGAAUUUUCGUAUAAAUAGCAGAUGUUCGAUUAUUAAACGCAUUCUUACACUCAUAAUGGUGGACAACAGUGCAGUUUAUGGCUCAUCGCGAAAAGGAGGAGCACGAGGAGCUCGCCUACAUUUGCAAUUGAUGCUGGCCAUGGUGCCCAUAAUGGUGAUCAUAUAUCUGACAGUGGCCGUGCAAUCCCAUCAAUUUCAUGUUGGCACCCAAAAGCUAUGCGGUCAAGCCCUAUCCGACACCUUGGAUGUUGUCUGUAUAUUUGGUUAUAAUACAAUGCCAAUGGCAACACCGGAACCAUAUGCCCUCAGUCCAUUACUAUCGAAUUUCUAUGGCACUGAGGUGCUCAUCAAAACUCGUCGUCAACGUCGACAGGGUGGUCGGGGUAUCUACGAUGAAUGUUGCCGUAAUUCCUGCAGUUAUGCAGAAUUGGCUGCCUAUUGUUUACAGCCACCGACUAACAAGGACGAUAAGGAGUCGAAGCAAAAGCGGCAACAGCGAUAAAAAAAAUACAAAACAAAACUACACACACACACACACACCCACACCCAA